AUGAAUUUUUUGAAACCAGAGACGGUUUUGGACCUGAAAAACAUUAGAGAUGAGCUUGUCAGGAUGGAAGAUACCAUUAUCUUCAAUUUCAUAGAACGGUCCCAUUUCCCAACGUGUCCUGCUGUGUACAAGAAGAAAGGAUCUGAUAUUUCAAUUCCGGAUUUUGAUGGCAGUUUCUUGGACUGGGCGCUGAUGCAGUCCGAAAUUACGCAUUCGAAGCUCCGAAGGUUUGAGUCCCCUGAUCAAACACCUUUUUUCCCAGACAAGAUAGAAAAGCCAAUUCUGCCCAGUAUCAACUACCCUAGGGUUUUGGCAUCUUAUUCUUCUGAAGUAAACUACAAUCCGGCUAUCAAAGAAGUUUACAUUGAUCAAAUUAUUCCUUUGAUCUCUACUUGCAACGAGGAAAGUUGGGAAAAUCUUGGAUCAGUGGCCACCAUAGACAUCGAUUGUCUUCAAAGCUUGAGCAGAAGGAUUCAUUUUGGCAAAUUUGUCGCCGAGGCUAAAUUUCAAGCCUCAAGGGCCCUGUAUGCCAAACUCAUCGAAGAUCGAGACAUCGAGGGGCUUUAUGAGAAUAUUACCAACUCUGCUGUCGAAGAAAAAAUUCUGGAACGUCUUUGCGUCAAGGCCGAUGUCUACGGCGUGGACCCCACCAACAGGGAGGGCCACAGAAAGAUUACUCCCGAAUAUUUGGUGAAGAUUUACAAAGAGUUAGUCAUUCCUCUAACCAAGAAAGUAGAAAUCGAUUACUUGUUGCGGAGACUCGAGUGCGAGUAA